UGGACCUAACUUAACGAAAGGGCGAGAGGGAGGAAGUGGCAGUAGUGUCAGCGAGGCGAUACGGGCCGAGUGGACGCGAAGGAAGUGUGAAGCGGACGACUUAGAAUACAAAGGGACAUGUAUAAUGGUUGCCCAUCACUCAAGGGGCACAUGAUGUCUUUGCCUUUUUAUCAGAAGCUCCACGAGCACUAUGAUCGAAGCUACCACAGCAAGGACCUCCACACCACCACAAGCCAGUACCAGCAGGAGAAGAAGCGCUCUGCCAUCUACACCCAUGGCUCCGCAGCCUACAGCAGCCGCUCCUCGGCCGCCCACCGCCAGGAAUCACAGGCCCUCAGCCAGGCUUCCGCCUCCUCCUCCUACCAGCAGCAGGGUUCUCAGGCCUACAGUCUGAGAGCCACAGAGUACUCCCUCGGCUCUGGAGUCGGUCAGAAGGCGGCUGCAGCCUACGAUUAUGGAUACUCCCACGGAUUUACAGAUUCCAGUCUGCUGCUAGAAGAUUAUUCAUCCAAGUUGAGUUCCAAAGCAAAUAGAGCCAAAAAGAGCCUUCUUUCUGGAGAGGAGAAGGAGAAUCUACCCAGCGACUACAUGGUGCCCAUUUUCUCAGGACGCCAAGUGCAUGUCAGUGGAAUUACAGAUACGGAGGAAGAAAGAAUUAAAGAAGCUGCUGCAUAUAUAGCCCAGAGGAAACUUCUUGCUAGCGAAGAAGGAAUCACGACAGCAAAACAGUCAACCGCAUCCAAACAGUCCAUGGUAUCCAAACAGUCCACAUCCACUCUUCAACAGGAGAAAGCUGUUGAGAAGAAGUCAAGGAAAGUUGCAAUUCGAGAAAAGGCAGAACACCUGUCGCUGAGAAAAACAUUAGAAGAAACCGAGGCAUAUCAUAAAAAGUUGAAUGAAGAUAGUCUUCUUCAUGCUCCUGAGUUCAACAUUAAACCUCGUUCGCACACUGUGUGGGAGAAAGAGAGUGUCAAACUGCACUGCUCCGUAUCAGGCUGGCCAGAACCUCGUCUCACAUGGUAUAAAAACCAGGUUCCCAUAAAUGUCCAUGCAAAUCCUGGAAAGUAUAUUAUUGAAAGCCGAUAUGGAAUGCACACUCUGCAGAUUAAUGCAUGUGACUUUGAAGACACAGCUCAGUACCGGGCCUCUGCAAUGAAUGUUAAAGGAGAGCUUUCAGCGUAUGCAUCCGUUGUCGUAAAGAGGUAUAAAGGAGAGUUUGAUGACACUUGUUUCCAUGCCAGGGUUUCCACCCUGCCCCUCAGCUUUGCUGUUACCCCUUAUGGUUAUGCAUCCAAGUUUGAGAUCCACUUUGAUGACAAGUUUGAUGUGUCUUUUGGGAGAGAGGGCGAGACAAUGAGUCUAGGCUGCCGUGUAGUUAUCACUCCUGAAAUUAAACACUUCCAGCCAGAGAUCCAGUGGUACAGAAAUGGGGCACCUGUUUUUCCAUCAAAAUGGGUGCAAACACAUUGGAGUGGAGAACGGGCAACACUGACAUUUUCUCAUCUCAACAAAGAAGAUGAAGGCCUCUAUACAAUUCGUGUGAGAAUGGGAGAAUAUUAUGAACAAUACAGCGCUUAUGUCUUUGUUCGAGAUGCUGAUGCAGAGAUUGAAGGUGCUCCAGCUUCUCCCUUGGAUGUGAUGUGCUUAGAUGCCAACAAGGAUUAUAUCAUCAUCUCUUGGAAACAGCCAGCUGUAGACGGAGGAAGUCCUAUUCUGGGAUACUUUAUUGAUAAAUGUGAGGUGGGCACAGAUACCUGGUCUCAGUGCAAUGACACACCUGUGAAGUUUGCCCGUUUUCCAGUCACUGGUUUGAUAGAAGGGCGUUCCUAUACAUUCCGAGUUCGAGCUGUGAAUAAAAAUGGAAUCGGUCUACCAUCCCGAGUGUCUGAGGCUGUAGCUGCUCUGGAUCCAGCUGAAAAAGCUAGACUCAAAAGUCGCCCUUCAGCACCCUGGACUGGACAGAUCAUUGUGACUGAAGAGGAACCUACAGAAGGUAUUAUUCCUGGGCCCCCCACAGACCUCUCUGUUACUGAGGCCACCCGGAGCUACGUGGUGCUAAGCUGGAAGCCCCCUGGCCAGCGUGGCCAUGAGGGCAUUAUGUACUUCGUGGAAAAGUGUGAGGCUGAGACACAAAACUGGCAGCGGGUGAACACAGAGCUCCCCGUGAAGUCCCCCCGCUUUGCUCUGUUCGACUUAGCUGAAGGAAAGUCCUACUCUUUCCGUGUCCGCUGUGCUAAUUCAGCUGGAGUUGGGGAGCCCUCGGAGGCGACGGAGGUGACAGUGGUAGGGGACAAGCUUGAUAUCCCCAAGCCCCCCGGAAAAAUCAUACCAAGCAGAAACACAGAAACCUCAAUCGUGGUUACUUGGGAGGAAUCCAAAGAUGCGAAAGAGCUGGUGGGGUACUACAUAGAGUCCAGUGUUGUUGGCUCCGGCACGUGGGAGCCCUGCAACAACAACCCCGUGAAAGGCCCACGAUUUACUUGUCAUGGAUUGGUGACUGGUCAGAGUUACAUUUUCCGAGUCAGAGCAGUUAAUGCAGCUGGACUUAGUGACUAUUCACAGGACUCAGAAGCUAUUGAAGUUAAAGCUGCUAUUGUUGUAGGGGGAGGAGUGUCUCAAGAUGUGCGGCCUGAAUUGAGUGACACAGCUGGUGGACUAACAGACUUCCCGGGAGGCAUGCAUGAAGCCUCCCGGCCAACCUCUAGGAAAGAUGCUUGGCUUGGUAGCAAACCUAACAAAACUGCGCUGCCCAGUAGCUCUCACAAACUGGGCAAAACAGAAGUGAGUAAAGUAAGUGAAACAGUUCAGGAAGUGCUUACCCCUCCACCAGAGGAAGCAGCUCCCAAGGGGAAAACGACACCAUCUCCACCCUGUGAUAUCACUUGUCUUGAAAGUUUUCAUGACUCGAUGGUUCUUGGAUGGAAGCAACCAGAUAAGACUGGAGGGGCAGAAAUUUCUGGCUAUUACGUGAACUAUCGCGAAGUAAUUGACGGGAUACCAGGAAAAUGGAGAGAAGCCAACAUUAAGGCCGUCAGUGAUCAGGCAUACAAGAUUAGCAACUUGAAGGAAAACAUGGUGUAUCAGUUCCAAGUGGCAGCCAUGAACAUCACUGGAUUAGGAGAAUUCUCAGCAGCAAGCACACCCUUCAAAUGUGAAGAGUGGACCAUUGCUGUUCCAGGACCUCCACACGAUCUCAAGUAUAGUGAAGUCAGGAAAACCUCCCUGGUUCUCCACUGGAAACCUCCAGUCUACUCUGGACGGACCCCAGUGACUGGUUACUUUGUAGACUUGAAGGAGGCCAAUGCCAAAGAUGACCAGUGGCGAGGACUCAACAAAGCAGCUAUUAAAAACAAGUACCUGAAGGUGCAAGGCCUCAAGGAGGGUGUCAGCUACGUCUUCCGUGUCCGAGCCAUAAACCAGGCAGGUGUCGGGAAGCCGUCUGACCUUGCUGGUCCUGUGGUGGCAGAAACCCGUCCAGGAACCAAAGAGGUUGUUGUGAAUGUGGAUGAUGACGGAGUCAUUUCUUUGAACUUUGAAUGUGAUCAGAUGUCUCCAAAAUCUGAAUUCAUCUGGUCCAAGGAUUACAUAUCCACUGAGGACUCUCCACGGUUAGAAGUUGAAAGCAAAGGCAACAAGACAAAAAUGACCUUUAAAGACCUUGGGAUGGACGACUUGGGAGUUUACUCCUGUGAUGUAACAGACACUGAUGGAAUAGCUUCAAGCUACUUAAUAGACGAGGAAGAGUUGAAACGUUUACUUGCUCUCAGCCAGGAACACAAAUUCCCAACUGUCCCCAUUAAAUCAGAGUUGGCAGUUGAAAUUUUGGAGAAGGGGCAGGUCCGGUUUUGGAUGCAGGCUGAGAAGUUGUCUGGCAACGCCAAAGUCAGCUACAUAUUUAACGACAAAGAAAUUUUUGAGGGGCCGAAAUAUAAGAUGCAUAUUGACCGAAACACUGGUAUAAUUGAAAUGUUCAUGGAGAAGCUACAGGACGAAGAUGAAGGUACAUAUACUUUCCAGCUGCAGGAUGGAAAAGCAACUGGCCAUUCUACUCUUGUUCUCAUUGACGAUGCUUAUAAAAAACUCCAGAAAGAAGCUGAAUUCCAGCGGCAAGAAUGGAUCAGGAAACAAGGUCCGCAUUUUGCUGAGUAUUUGAGCUGGGAAGUGACAAGUGACUGUAACGUACUAUUGAAAUGCAAGGUGGCAAAUAUUAAGAAGGAAACUAAUAUUGUGUGGUACAAAGAUGAGAGAGAGAUAUCAGUGGAUGAAAAACAUGAUUUUAAGGAUGGUAUAUGCACCCUACUUAUAACAGAGUUUUCAAAGAAAGAUGCUGGGAUUUAUGAGGUGAUCCUGAAAGAUGACCGAGGGAAAGACAAGAGCAGACUGAAGCUUGUGGAUGAAGCCUUUAAAGAGCUGAUGACUGAAGUAUGCAAAACAAUCGCUUUGUCUGCUACGGACCUGAAGAUCCAGAGCACCGCCGAGGGGAUCCGGCUGUAUUCCUUCGUUCCUUACUACCUGGAUGAUUUGAAAGUCAGCUGGUCCCAGAAAUAGGAAGCCUCUGACACCCUUGGCUUCUCAGGGCCUGACGCUGAAGAGCACGAGACCGAAGCACCCUGUCUGUCCGCUUAGCAUGACGGUAGCACUUUCCCUUAACGCACACAUUGUGAGGCCAGGGAUGGCUACAGUACAUCUUUCUUGGUAACCUGAGAAGUGUUGUAAUUCACAGCCAUCUUUGUACUCUAACCUCCACCUCCAGACAGGGUCGUGCUUGGGUCAUCUCUGCUUUGCCAGGCAUCCAGAGCCAGAUCUCUAUCCCUCUCUUGCUACAUACAGCCAGGGCCGAAUUAUGCAAUAAGCAAGGUACGCAUGGGCUUACUUGUGCUUACUUACUAAUCUGUAGUGCAAGAUUUCACCUGGGUUUCACCAAACAUGGUGUGGUCUGGAACAAGACUGAAGCAGUGUGCACCAAGAGGCACCAAAUUUCCCUUUAUAUGAAUUAAUCUAGAGGAGUGUCCAAGUUAUUUUUACAGCAAGUGGCUCUGUUGGGCAUUACCAUGUUUCCUAUUCACCCUCAGAAGACUUUGGAGACUCCAAGAUGUCUUUGGGGAUAUGCAUUUGGACAGGAUUGUACCUGAAGAUCUGCUCUAAUCCCAAAACUAUCUUUGUGGAGUUAUGGAGGAAUUCUAUUCUAGUUUACCCCAGAGAUUCCAAGAGCCUAAAUAGGUCUCCAAGUCAAGCCAGCCCUUUCAUUUCAACUCUUAACAAUGUCCUUAACCUCCGUGCUUUCUUGCAAUUUUCUGAGCUGAAAGAUAACAGAAGCCUGGCAUAGAUAAUGUGAUGGGGGCACAGCCACAUCAGUCCAAUCUUAGGAUACAGUGGACACUCAUUCUAAACUGCAAACUGUUCUUCAAAGCCCCGCUGAGAAGUAGGGGCAUUCUGGUAUCCCCAGGAGGAAGCAGAUAAUGUUUAUUACAUCUAGCAUUUAGUGGCACUUACAGUAUGCCAGGCACUGCUGUAAACCCUUAGAUGUAUGAAAUUAUUUAAUAUUCACAACAACUCUGUGACAUAGGUACGACCUCACUUUAGUGAUAAGCUCAUGCUCGGGGAGGUGACUUGCCCAAGGUCACACAGCUAGGUGGGGGACCCAGGGCUGAACCCAGCCAGCCCAGCUCCAGAGCCCAGACUCACAGGGCCCUAGCCCCUGUGUUCAAGUUGUACUAAAAGUCUAGGUUGUACUAGAAUUGGGUCCCACAAAGCAAUAAUGUGUAUUUUCUUUAAAACUACUUUUUUGUUAUGUACAACAGUGUGAUUUAUUAUUAUUCAUUUCUUAAGUUCUGAAAAAUGAGAAGAAGUAAAAUUCCAGGGUAGAAUGCUUGGGGUUUCUUUCCUUUGUUCUAUUUCCUUCAGAGGACAUUUUAGGAAAGUAAUUAUAAGUUAAAAUCGAUCAAAUUCUAGGAAAUUCCUCUGUGACAUCUAGGACAUUCUAAUAUAUCAGCCUGAAAAAUAAGAGAGAUAAAUUAGUUGACUCAUCAGUCAAAAAGCUUUAUAUCAUCUCUAAAAAAAUUACUUGUUCAAAAAAUUAGAACAUUGAAAAUAUGCUUUGAGGAAAUGGAUAUUACAGUAGCAAGGCAUAAAUGUCUUAAGUUAUUUGGUCUAGUUAGCUAAACGCAUUAUUUUUGUAUUUUUUGUCUCUGGAAGAUUCAGGAACUAAAGGAUUGUCUUCAAGUACGUAUGUGGUAUAAUGGGAGAAAUCUUGAAAUGGGUUUUAGUCUUGACUUUGCUCCUAAAUUCCCAUGUGAUCUUAGGCAAGUCACUUAAUUUUCUGAACUUCACUUUUCUCUCAUAUAUAAUAGGAGUGGUAAUACCUACUGUAUCCCAAAAGAUUAAUAGAUUCAGUGAGAUAAUCAAAAUGGUAAACCAUGAAGUACUCUACAAAUGUAUGAUACUAUUUUGCGUAUUAGCCAGAGUGUUAAGAAUUUAAACAGAUUUGUUAUAGCAAAGCAAAAAAGGGGAAGACCCUCAACGAGAUGGAUUGACACAGUGGCUGCAACAAUGGGCUCCAGCAUAACAACAAUUGUGAGGAUGGCGCAGGACCGGGCAACAUUUCAUUCUGUUGUCCAUAGAGUUGCUAACAACAACAAUUACAGCAAAGCAGAGGACUAUCUGUCCUUCUGUCUAACACUCUAAGACAUAUAUGUUGCUCAGGCUAAAGUCUGCAGGGUACAGAUGAGUUCCUUUACCCUACAUUUUAUAACAUUUUAAUUUUUAAUAUCUUUUAAAGAAUGUGAUGUUACAAGAAAAAUGCUAAAGACAUAUUUGAAAGCUAAAAGGUUUUUUUGGUGGAGAAUUUUAUUUUCCUAUUUUUUUAAUGUUCAUUUUGCUUAUUGCAACUACAAACAUAAGACAUGUUUGUUUUAGAAAAUAUGUUUAUAAUCUUAUAUUGCAAAAUAGAAGGAAUUUAUAAUAUAAUAUUAUCCCUGUUAGUUUGUCUUAUGGUGGUUGCUUGUGUGUUGCUGUGAUGCUGGAAACUAUGCCACCGAUAUUUCAAGUACCAGCAGGGUUACCGAUGGUGGACAAGUUUCAGCA